AUGGGAAUCGAAGCUCCGUGGGCGAAGACCGACGAAGAGGUCUUACGCUUCUUCAAUGUCAAAUCUGAUGUUGGUUUGACCAAAGAACAGGUCGCCGACAACCAGAAAAGAUAUGGCUUCAACGAACUCCCCGCCGAAGAAGGCAAAUCCCUCAUGGAACUCAUCAUCGAGCAGUUCGAAGACUUGCUCGUCCGAAUCCUCCUCCUCGCUGCCUGCAUCUCCUUUGUCCUCGCCCUCUUCGAAGACCACGACGAGGGAAUCACUGCCUUUGUCGAGCCCCUUGUUAUCCUCCUCAUCCUCAUCGCCAACGCCGUCGUCGGUAUCUGGCAGGAAAAGAACGCCGAGUCCGCCAUCGAAGCCCUGAAGGAAUACGAGCCCGAGAUGGGCAAGGUCUUCCGAGCCGAUCGAAAACAAGUCCAGCGAGUCCUCGCCCGAGAAAUCGUCCCCGGUGAUAUCGUCGAAGUCGCCGUCGGUGACAAGAUCCCCGCUGAUAUCCGAGUCCUCCAGAUCAACUCUACCUCCAUGCGAAUUGACCAGGCCCUCUUGACUGGUGAAUCCGUUUCCGUUCAGAAGCAGACCGAAGUUGUCAACGAUCUCCGAGCUGUCAACCAGGACAAGACCAACCUUCUUUUCUCUGGAACCAACGUUGCGUCUGGUCGAUGCAUUGGUAUCGUUGUCGGAACUGGCCAGAACACCGAAAUCGGAAAGAUCCGAGAUGAGAUGGCCUCCACCGAAUCCGAAAAGACUCCCCUCGCUCAGAAACUCGACGAGUUCGGCGAGCAGCUUUCCAAGCUCAUUUCCAUCAUCUGCAUUGCUGUCUGGGCGAUCAACAUCGGACACUUCAACGACCCCGUCCACGGCGGCUCCUUCAUCAAGGGCGCUGUCUACUAUUUCAAGAUCGCCGUUGCUCUCGCCGUCGCUGCCAUUCCCGAGGGUCUCCCCGCCGUCAUCACCACUUGCCUCGCCCUCGGAACCAACCGAAUGGCCAAGAAGAACUCCAUCGUCCGAUCUCUUCCUUCCGUCGAAACUCUUGGCUGCACCUCCGUCAUUUGCUCCGACAAGACCGGUACUUUGACCACCAACCAGAUGUCCUGCAUCAAGAUGUUCACCAUGAACGAUGCCACUAACUCCUCUUCUUGCAAAAUGGACGAGUUCGAAAUCUCUGGCUCUACUUAUGAACCACGAGGCGAUGUUACUCUCAACGGCCGAACCAUCGACUGCUCCAACUACUCUUCUCUUGCCGAGCUCGCCAUGAUCUGCUCCAUGUGCAACGACUCCGCUGUCGACUACAACGUCAACAAGGAAGUUUACGAAAAGGUCGGUGAAGCCACUGAAACCGCCCUCGUCGUCCUUGUCGAAAAGAUGAACGUCUUCCGAGCUGAUAUGAGCCGAUUGAACAAGGCUGAACGAUGCAACGCCGCCAACGCCCAGAUCCGAGCCUUGAUGGAGAAGAAGUUCACUCUUGAAUUCUCCCGAGACCGAAAGUCCAUGUCCGUCUAUGCUGAGCCUAAGAACGGCGGUGACAACAAGAUGUUCGUCAAGGGUGCUCCAGAAGGUGUCCUCUCCCGAUGCUCCCACAUGCGAGUCAAUGGCGAGAAGGUCCCAAUGACUGCCUCUUCCCGAGCCCAGAUCCAGAAGCUCAUCAACGAAUACGGAACUGGCAAGGACACCCUCCGAUGCCUCGCUCUUGGAACCGUCGAUGCUCCUCCAGCUGCUGACUCUAUGGACCUCGGUGAUUCUACCAAAUUCGCUUCCUACGAAUCUGACAUUACCUUCGUUGGUGUCUGUGGUAUGCUCGAUCCCCCACGAACUGAAGUCAAGCCCGCCAUCAAGGCCUGCAACGAAGCCGGCAUCCGAGUCGUUAUGAUCACUGGUGACAACAAGGAUACUGCUAUCGCCAUCUGCCGAAAGAUCGGAAUCUUCUCUGAGAACGAAGAGACCUUUGGCAAGGCCUACACUGGCCGAGAAUUCGACGACCUCUCCGCCGACGAACAGUUUGCUGCCGCCAAGCGAGCCAAGUGCUUUGCCCGAGUCGAGCCCGCCCACAAGUCCAAGCUUGUUGAAUACCUUCAGCAGAACAAGGAUGUUACCGCUAUGACUGGUGAUGGUGUCAACGAUGCCCCUGCUUUGAAGAAGGCCGAUAUCGGUAUUGCUAUGGGUUCUGGUACUGCUGUUGCUAAGUCCGCUUCCGACAUGGUUCUCGCUGAUGAUAACUUCACUUCUAUCGUUGCUGCUGUUGAAGAGGGCCGAGCCAUUUACAACAACAUGAAACAGUUCAUCCGAUACCUCAUCUCUUCCAACAUCGGUGAAGUCGUCUGCAUCUUCCUCGCUGCCGCUCUUGGUGUUCCAGAAGCCCUUAUCCCCGUCCAGCUCCUCUGGGUCAACCUUGUCACUGAUGGUCUUCCCGCUACCGCUCUCUCCUUCAACCCUCCAGAUCUUGAUAUCAUGGACAAGGCUCCUCGAUCCAGCGAUGACGCUCUUAUCUCCCCCUGGCUUCUUUUCCGAUACUGCGUCAUUGGUGGUUACGUCGGUAUUGCUACUGUCAUGGCUUCUAGCUGGUGGUUCCUCUAUGCCGUUGACGGUCCCCAGAUGUCCUGGUGGGAACUCACUCACUUCAUGCAGUGCACUAUCUCGCCCGAAAAGUUUGCCUUCAUGGAAUCCGGCGAGUGGGAAUGCUCUGUCUUUGGUGAUCCUCACCCAAUGACCAUGGCUCUCUCCGUCUUGGUCACCAUCGAAAUGCUCAACGCUUUGAACUCCGUUUCUGAGAACCAGUCGCUCUUCGUCAUGCCCCCAACUCAGAACCCACUUCUUUGCGGAUCUAUCGUCCUUUCCAUGUCUCUCCACUUCUUCAUUCUUUACGUCGACCCCAUGCCAAUGGUUUUCAACAUCUGCCCACUCACCUUCGCCGAAUGGGUCGUCGUCAUGAAGAUUUCCCUCCCCGUCCUCCUCGCUGACGAAGGCAUGAAGUACAUCGCCCGAGAGUACAUCGAAAAGGCCGAAGCUGCCAAGCUCAAGAAGGACUAA